UGCUUCUUCUCUUGUUGGAUACGUCCCUUGUUGGUCCUCCAAAAUUGUCUGACAAAGCAAAGGGCACCACCUGAGAGCUGAAGGAUGAACUCCUCCAGAGAGACGAUCACCUUGAAUGUGGGCGGAGUCCGAUAUGAGACCUCCCCCAGCAUUCUCCAGGCUUUCCCAGGGACCAAGCUUUGCCGCCUCACAGAGUCCCAGGCUGACAACGUCUUUGACUAUGACUGCAACACCAAAGAGUUUUUCUUUGACCGAAGCCCUCGGAUGUUUGGUGCAGUACUGAACUACUACAGGACCAAGCACCUCCACUGCCCAGAAGAUAUCUGCAAGUCUACAUUUGAGGAGGAGCUGGCAUUCUGGGAGAUCAGCCAUGUUCCCGUGGCUCCCUGUUGCUGGUGGAAGGUGAUGAAUGCGGAGUCCCGGCAGGCCGAGGGCUCUCUCUGUGACGAGAGAAGCGAGGCUGGCCACCAGGGUCUCCCGGCCCCAGUGGAAAGAAGGAAUCUCAGCUGGCGGGUUAGGCAGCAGCCCAAAAUCUGGGCUCUCUUUGAAAAAUCCUUCUCUAGUUGGCCUGCAAAGUGCCUGGCUGUUGUUUCUCUGCUCUUCAACAUUGGAAUAGUCAUCAUUUUUGAGGAGAAGAGUCGUGCACAAAUACACUACCCCUAUCCCUUGCCAAUACAUGAUGACGUUGGAAAUCAGACACACCAUGAAAUCCGUGGCGCCUUCUACCAGCCAGCUAAUAACUUCCUGUACUUGGAGCUUUUCUGCAUCUUCUGGUUCACAUUUGAGUUUUCUAUGCGACUCUCAUUCUGCCCAGACAAAAAGAAAUUCCUUACAAACCCUCUGAAUAUUACUGAUUUCCUUUCUCUCUUUCCGGUUUACAUUGAGCUUUUCUUAACUGGACAUAUCAACAAUAUGCUAAGCCUCUUAUCUUGGCUGGGUUUCUUACGUGCCCUCUACAUCGUCAAACUCCUGAAGACCCUCAGGCUCCUAGAGACCCCUCUGAUGCUGCGGAUUCUGCCCGCCACAUUCCGAUUCAUCUUGAGAGAGGUCUUCAUCCUCAUGAUGAUUUUUAGCUUUGAAGUCCUUUUCUUUGGUGCCCUCUGCUAUCAUGCGGACCUCCAAAGUCCAGAAACACACUUUGAUGGAAUGCUCUCUUCCUUCUAUUGGGCAGCGAUCACCUUGACCACGGUCGGCUAUGGAGAUACGUUUGCUGUCAGUCCAUUGGGCAGAGCCAUCGCAUGCUGCACAGCCAUCUGUGGCAUCCUGACCAUCAUCAUUCCCCUCCCAGUCUUUUUGAUCAAGUUCCAGGGCUAUUAUGCCACCGCCGUCAUGAAGGAGAAGAUGAAAAGCAACAAGAGGAGCAACCAAGAGAACCACAGGGCAGCAUCAGUCCAGCUAUUUACAGGAUGAGGAAAAACACUUUUGGAGAGCUCACACUAUUAUAACACAGUUGUAUCUAGUCUAGUGGUCUUCUUUUACGGUGUAAGGUCUAGUGCUGCUUCUUUUACUGAAUUGUAUUUAAAGAUGAUUCUUGUGUACAAAUAGUGAUCUUCUUGCCUGGGGUGUGUGUGUGGAGAAACCACUUUUUCUUCAGUGCCCUCCUUUCCUGUGAUGAUUGGCUGA